AUGACUUGUUCGGCGACAUCGACUGGCAUGCCUACCUGGAUGCUGAGAAGAAGAAAUAAUCUGAAUCUGAAGUCAAGAAUAUCAGCAAGAGAACAACUUAUAGCCAGGAAGUGCAGUCGAUCGUGGUCAAGAAUGUACCGCCGACCAGCACCAUUGAGGUUACUGCAUAAGACAUCCUCAAAGUCAUCAGUGCGGGGUAUUUUACAGAUUUAUUACAAUCGUGUCUGGGGAACAAUAUGCGAUGACGGAUGGUCAUUGGCUAGUUCAACUAUAGCAUGUAAACAGCUUGGCUACCAGUUUGCAGUUAUGUCCAAGCACUUAGGACAAGGACCUGAUCCAAUUUGGCUUGAUGAUGUUAAAUGUAACGGCGUUGAACCGUCACUAGACCAAUGCCAUCACAGAGGAUGGGGUAUUCAUUACUGCGAUCACAGUGAAGAUGUCGGCAUCGUGUGUAUUACUAAAACAGCGCCAUUGAGAUUGUUAAACAAAACAAAACCUGCUUCAUCAUUAGUGCAAGGUGUUUUACAGAUUUAUUACAAAGCUUCAUGGGGUACAAUAUGCGAUGGCGGAUGGUCCUGGACUGCUACAAACAUAGCUUGUAAACAGCUUGGCUACCAUAGUGCAGCGACAUUYAARUAYUUGGGAMARGGACCUGAUCCAAUUUGGCUGGAUGGAUUGAAAUGCAAUGGCAAUGAAUCGUUACUAGAUCAGUGCCAACACCGAGGAUGGGGUAUUCAUAACUGCACCCACAGACAGGACGUUGGCAUCAUGUGUAAUACAAGUAAGGAACUCUUAAUUCUCAUACUAGAUGUUGAGUAUCAACGAAAGUGCACUUCAAAGGGUUAG